CCCGGAGCGCAGACCCAGGAAGCGGCCGGGCGGGCAGUAGCGAGCCGCACCGCCGCCAUGGAGCUGAGGGUCGGGAACAGGUACCGGCUGGGCCGCAAGAUCGGCAGCGGCUCCUUCGGAGACAUCUAUCUCGGUACGGACAUUGCUGCAGGAGAAGAAGUUGCCAUCAAGCUUGAAUGUGUCAAAACCAAACAUCCUCAGCUCCACAUUGAGAGCAAGAUCUACAAAAUGAUGCAGGGAGGAGUGGGCAUCCCUACCAUCAGAUGGUGUGGGGCUGAGGGGGACUACAAUGUCAUGGUGAUGGAGCUACUAGGACCGAGCCUAGAAGACCUCUUCAACUUCUGUUCAAGGAAGUUUAGUCUCAAAACUGUCCUGUUGCUUGCUGACCAAAUGAUAAGUCGUAUUGAAUACAUUCAUUCGAAGAAUUUUAUCCACCGAGAUGUGAAGCCAGAUAACUUCCUCAUGGGGCUGGGAAAGAAAGGCAACCUGGUCUACAUCAUUGACUUUGGUCUGGCCAAGAAGUACCGGGAUGCCCGCACUCACCAGCAUAUCCCCUAUCGAGAGAACAAGAACCUCACAGGGACGGCACGCUAUGCCUCCAUCAACACGCACCUUGGCAUUGAACAAUCUCGAAGGGAUGACUUGGAGUCUCUGGGGUACGUGCUGAUGUACUUCAACCUGGGCUCUCUCCCCUGGCAGGGGCUGAAGGCUGCCACCAAGAGGCAGAAGUAUGAGAGGAUCAGUGAGAAGAAGAUGUCCACUCCCAUUGAAGUGCUGUGCAAGGGCUAUCCUUCUGAAUUUGCCACAUACCUGAAUUUCUGCCGUUCCUUACGUUUUGAUGACAAACCUGACUACUCCUACCUGAGACAGCUCUUCAGAAAUUUGUUCCAUCGCCAGGGCUUCUCUUACGACUAUGUGUUCGACUGGAACAUGCUCAAAUUUGGUGCCAGCCGAGCUGCAGAUGAUGCUGAGCGGGAACGCCGGGACCGAGAGGAGCGAUUAAGACACUCCCGGAAUCCAGCCACCCGUGGCCUCCCUUCUACAGCUUCCGGCCGUCUGCGGGGAACCCAGGAAGUGGCUCCCCCAACGCCCCUUACCCCUACCUCACACACGGGUGAGCAUACCUCUUAGCAUGUUCCACCAGAC